AUGGCAGGCACAGUAUCCUUUCUGGUGAAUGCGAACCCAACCGUCACAAUUUUGGAGAAUUGCAAAACAAUGGCCGAACUACGCCAAAUUCACGCCCACAUGAUCAAGACGAGCCUUGUCAAACACAACUUCGCCAUUAGCAGACUGGUCAACUCUUGCUGUCUCCAUGGUGCGUUAGACUACGCUUCUUCGAUUUUUCAUCGUAUUGAGGACCCCAAUCCUUUCAUAUUUUUCACUCUAAUAAAGGGUUUUUAUGGUUCUUCGAACCCAUUACAGUGUUUAAUUCUGUUUGCCCAUAUGCUUUCUUCUUCGAAGAGUUUAGAUGGUGCUGAGUUUUCUCUUCCUUCUGUGCUCAAAGUGUGCGCGGAAUUGGGUGCAUUGAAGGAAGCUAUGCAAAUUUAUGGCCACAUAUUGAAAACCCAUUGGCAGGCUGAUUCAUAUGUGUCGAAUUCUGUGGUUCGGAUGUUUUUAGAAAUUGGGGAGAUUGAGUUGGCAAGAAGAGUGUUUGAUAGAAUGUCUAAGAGAGAUUUGAUUUCAUGGAAUUCAAUGAUUACGGGUUAUGUGAGGGCAGGAGAGAUUGAUUUGGCUCACGAGAUUUUUGAUAUGAUGCCAGAAAGGGACUUGGUUUCGUGCAAUGCAAUGAUUGAUGGGUAUGGUAAGGAUGCGAGGUGUGAGCUUGCCGAGGAGGUUUUUGGGAUGAUGAAUGAAAAGGAUGUGGUGACUUGGACAUCUAUGAUUUCAGCAUAUGUGCGUAGUCAUCGUCCAAGGGAAGCAUUAGUUAAGUUUAGGGAAAUGUUAAGGGUUGGAGUUAAACCUGAUGCCCCUGCUAUUGUUAGUGUGCUUUCAGCCAUUGCUGAUUUGGGUUUUGUCGAGGAGGAAGAUGCAUAUGAUGUCUUUAGAAGUUUAUAUCAUAGGAGGAACAUUGGGGACUGGAAUUCUAUGAUCUCUGGCCUUGCCAUGCAUGGGCUUGGUCACGAAGCCAUUGAAGUUUCCUUGACUUGGAGAGGAUGGAGAUCAGCCCUGAUGAUAUCACCUUCCUUGGUCUCUUGA